AUGGCCUCCAAUGCAGGAAUCCAGGAUUCAACGACAGAAACGGACGAAGGACGUGUAGUUAAAGCAGAAAUUUAUAAAGCUGAAGGAAAUGAAUUUUUUAAAAUGGGGGAAUACAAGAAGGCAAUAAAAAAGUACCAUUUUGCAUUGAUGUAUUUGAAAGGAAUUGGAGAGAAACACCCGAUAACACAGGAACAAAAAGUAUUGACAGAAGAUUGGAAAAAGAGAUUCGAUGAAAUGAAAUUUAGUUGCUAUAAUAAUUUAGCAGCAUGUCUCGUCAAAGAUAACAGAUGGGAGAAGGUUAUCGAAUAUUCAAACAAGGCGUUAGAAGUCCAUCCUGAGAAUGCUAAAGCAUGGUUUAGGAAGGGACAAGGUUAUUACCAUACGAGAAACUGGGACAAGGCUUUUGAAGCCCUAAAUCAGGCGAGAAAGCUUGAACCAGAUGAUGCUAAUAUAAAGAAAUAUGAGAUCAAAGUAGAGCAAGAGCUGAAAAAAUACAGAGAGAAAGAGAAGAUAAUGUAUGCUGGGAUGUUUGCAAAAUAAGACAUAGAAAGAACCUGGCAAUGCUUGCUCUUGAUGGAAGGACAGAUUUUGGAGAUGUGCAAAUGUGCACUAUAAUAUAGGAGUCCAAUUACAUGUGUGGAAUCUGAAAGGAUAACUUCAAUAUGGAGACUUGAAAAACAAAAUGACAAUAAGCUCAGUGUGAAGUUACCAGUUAUGUGUAUAUUAUGGAGUCUGGUUGCAAUUGAAACAUUUUUGUAAAUUUUUAUUUCAAAGUUGCAUAAUGUUUGUAUAAACCUUUUCAUAUGAAAAAAU